AUGAGCAAUGUUAAUGCACAAUUAUCAAGAAAGCAGCAACUAUUAGAGAGAGGGUGUAACGAAAUGGUAGAAGAAAAGACUAAUUUAACAAAUUUAAAUCACAAUGUUACUUUGAGUUCAGGUUUGUCAACAACCGCAACAUCUUCGACAAAUUUGGAAACUUCAUCCAGAAAAUACUCAUUGGGAAAAACAUUAGGAACAGGGUCAUUUGGAAUUGUUUGCGAAGUAUUUGACGUUGAAACCGGGAAAAGAUUGGCUUUGAAAAAAGUUUUACAAGAUCCGAGAUAUAAAAAUAGAGAAUUGGAUAUAAUGAAAGUUCUAGAUCAUGUAAACAUUAUUAAAUUAAUAGAUUAUUUCUAUACGACAGGAGAUGAAGAACCAAAGCCUCCUCAACCUCCUGAUGAUCAUAACAGAUUGGGAGGAAAAAAUAAUGGAGUAAAUAAUCAUCAUAAGAGUAUAGUUGGGAAUCUAUCUCAAAACAAAUAUCUGAAUGUCAUUAUGGAAUAUGUUCCAGAUACACUACAUAAAGUAUUAAAAUCAUUCAUACGGUCAGGAAGAUCCAUGCCCAUAAAUUUGAUAAGUAUUUAUAUCUAUCAGUUGUUUAGAGCUGUUGGAUUUAUUCAUUCAUUGGGAAUAUGUCAUAGAGAUAUUAAACCACAAAAUUUAUUAGUGAAUUCUAAAGAUAACACAUUAAAAUUAUGUGACUUUGGAUCUGCUAAGAAAUUGAUUCCAAGUGAGCCAAGUGUUGCAUACAUAUGUAGCCGUUUUUAUAGAGCUCCGGAACUAAUGUUAGGAGCCACUGAAUAUACUCCAAGUAUUGAUUUAUGGAGCAUUGGAUGUGUCUUUGGUGAACUCAUUUUGGGGAAACCAUUAUUUUCUGGUGAAACUUCUAUUGACCAACUGGUUAGGAUUAUACAAAUUUUGGGAACUCCAACAAAAGAACAAAUGAUUAGAAUGAAUCCACAUUAUACAGAAGUAAGAUUUCCUACUUUGAAAGCGAAAGAUUGGAGAAAAAUACUUCCCGAUGGAACCCCUUCACUAGCAAUAGAUUUAUUAGAACAGAUAUUAAGAUAUGAGCCAGAUUUAAGAAUCAAUCCAUAUGAGGCAAUGGCUCAUCCAUUUUUUGAUCACUUAAGAAAUUUGUAUGAAGUAGAAGUAAACAAUCAAAGCACUUUUUCACAUGGAAUUAACCAACAUAUUCCACAAUUAUUUAACUUUUCGCCAUAUGAAUUAUCAAUAAUUCCUGGAAAUGUUUUAAAUAGAAUAUUACCAAAAAAUUUCUCUCCGAAUUAUAAACAUUAA